AUGGAAAACUAUCAAAAAGUGGAAAAGGUCGGUGAAGGCACGUACGGCAUUGUGUACAAGGCUCGUGAUCUGACAACAGGUCGCAUUGUGGCGCUUAAAAAGAUUCGUCUAGAACCAGAUGAAGAAGGUAUUCCGUCUACUGCAAUGCGUGAAAUUUCGCUACUUAAAGAACUGUCGUCACAUCCAAAUGUUGUGUAUCUCUACGAUGCUGUGUACCAAAAGAACAAGCUCUACCUUGUAUUUGAGUUUGUAGAGCAGGAUCUUAAGCGAUGUCUUGAGAAUCUUCCAGCUCGAAUGGAAGUAUUUCAAGUUAAAAGCUAUUUGUACCAACUUUUAGCUGGUAUUGCGUUCUGCCACGCUAAUCGAGUGUUACAUCGUGAUCUCAAGCCACAGAAUUUGUUGAUUGAUCAGUAUGGCAAUCUCAAACUCGGUGAUUUUGGACUUGCGAGAGAGUAUGGCGUACCUCUAAGACGUUAUACUCAUGAAGUUGUGACGCUGUGGUAUCGUGCGCCCGAAGUGUUGUUAGGAGCUAAACAUUACUCAACACCAGUUGACUCGUGGUCCAUUGGUUGUAUCUUUGCUGAAAUGGUCAACAAACAGCCACUUUUUCCGGGUGACUCAGAGAUUGAUGAGCUUUUUCGUAUCUUUCGUGUGCUUGGUACGCCGAAUGAGACUCAGUGGCCUGGAGUCUCGACACUGCCAGAUUACAAAACGUCAUUUCCACAAUGGCGUCCCCAGCCAUUAUCAAAAUUUGUACCACAAUUGGAUCGCGUUGGUGUGGAUUUGCUCUCGCGUCUCCUGGCAUACGAUCCUAGUACCCGCAUUUCUGCUCGUGCUGCAAUGGCACAUCCUUGGUUUGCUGAUCUGCAUCCUCAGUACGCGUCAUUUCGCAAUCAUGGCAAUGGCAAUGGCACUCAAACAUUCUUUUAG